CUCAGCCACAUCCGGGUUCCACGGUCGGAUCCGGGAGCAGACGGAACCUUAUUGUCGCACCUCCACCUAACGCGCGCAGCGGGGACAGUUUAGGCCUCUGCGCACCGCUCUCCACAAGUGCUAUAGCUUGCUUGGGGCAGCGAGGGUGUGGGGCGUUUGUUUCUCCUUCCAUCGUGAGCGGCAUGGACGUGCUCGCGGAGGAGUUUGGAAACCUAACCUCGGAGCAGCUGGCUGCGCCCAUCCCCACCGUAGAGGAAAAAUGGAGGCUGCUCCCAGCAUUUUUAAAGGUGAAAGGCCUUGUGAAACAGCAUAUAGACUCAUUUAACUAUUUCAUUAAUGUAGAGAUAAAGAAGAUAAUGAAAGCCAAUGAAAAGGUUACGAGUGAUGCUGACCCCAUGUGGUACUUAAAAUAUCUUAAUAUCUAUGUUGGGCUUCCUGAUGUUGAAGAAAGCUUCAAUGUAACUAGACCAGUGUCCCCUCAUGAGUGCCGUUUGAGGGACAUGACAUACUCUGCGCCCAUUACAGUAGAUAUUGAAUAUACCCGAGGCAGCCAGAGGAUCAUCCGCAAUGCCCUACCCAUUGGCAGAAUGCCCAUAAUGCUACGGAGUUCAAACUGUGUUCUUACAGGAAAAACUCCAGCAGAAUUUGCCAAACUGAAUGAAUGUCCUUUAGAUCCAGGUGGCUACUUCAUUGUUAAAGGAGUAGAAAAAGUUAUUCUUAUCCAAGAGCAGCUGUCUAAGAACAGGAUCAUCGUGGAAGCUGAUAGAAAAGGGGCAGUUGGAGCUUCAGUCACCAGCUCUACCCAUGAGAAAAAAAGCAGAACCAAUAUGGCCGUGAAACAAGGACGAUUUUAUUUGAGGCAUAAUACCUUGUCAGAAGAUAUACCCAUUGUCAUCAUUUUUAAGGCCAUGGGUGUUGAGAGUGACCAGGAAAUUGUGCAGAUGAUUGGAACAGAGGAGCACGUGAUGGCUGCAUUUGGGCCCAGUUUGGAAGAGUGCCAGAAAGCUCAGAUUUUCACGCAGAUGCAGGCAUUAAAAUAUAUAGGGAACAAAGUAAGAAGGCAAAGGAUGUGGGGAGGUGGACCAAAGAAAACCAAGAUAGAAGAAGCAAGAGAGCUCCUGGCUUCUACCAUUCUAACCCAUGUACCAGUUAAGGAAUUCAAUUUCCGAGCCAAAUGUAUCUAUACUGCAGUGAUGGUGCGAAGAGUAAUUUUGGCACAGGGAGAUAAUAAAGUCGACGACAGAGACUAUUAUGGUAACAAGCGAUUGGAAUUGGCAGGACAGCUUUUAUCUCUUCUUUUUGAAGAUUUGUUCAAAAAAUUUAAUUCUGAAAUGAAGAAGAUUGCAGACCAAGUGAUUCCUAAACAAAGAGCAGCCCAGUUUGAUGUUGUGAAACACAUGCGCCAAGACCAGAUUACCAAUGGCAUGGUGAAUGCCAUUUCUACUGGAAACUGGUCUCUAAAGAGAUUUAAAAUGGACCGCCAAGGUGUGACCCAAGUGCUGUCUCGCUUGUCAUACAUAUCUGCCCUGGGCAUGAUGACAAGAAUAUCUUCCCAAUUUGAAAAAACAAGAAAAGUGAGUGGUCCUCGCUCUCUCCAGCCAUCUCAGUGGGGAAUGCUUUGUCCUUCAGACACUCCUGAAGGAGAGGCAUGUGGUUUGGUUAAAAACUUAGCCCUUAUGACACACAUCACAACUGAUAUGGAAGAUGGACCUAUUGUAAAACUAGCCAGUAACCUAGGAGUAGAAGAUGUGAAUUUAUUAUGUGGGGAAGAGCUUUCUUACCCAAAUGUGUUUCUUGUUUUUCUUAAUGGUAACAUCCUGGGUGUCAUUCGAGACCAUAAAAAGCUAGUGAAUACAUUUCGGCUGAUGCGAAGAGCAGGAUAUAUCAAUGAAUUUGUUUCCAUCUCAACAAAUCUUACAGAUCGAUGUGUCUAUAUUUCUUCUGAUGGAGGAAGGCUGUGCAGACCCUACAUAAUUGUCAAGAAACAGAAGCCAGCAGUCACAAAUAAGCAUAUGGAAGAGCUGGCCCAGGGAUACAGGAAUUUUGAAGAUUUCUUACAUGAGAGUCUGGUUGAAUAUUUAGAUGUGAAUGAAGAAAAUGAUUGUAACAUUGCACUCUAUGAACAUACAAUUAAUAAAGAUACCACCCACUUGGAGAUUGAACCCUUCACUCUUCUCGGUGUUUGUGCUGGCCUGAUCCCAUACCCUCAUCAUAACCAGUCCCCAAGAAACACAUACCAGUGUGCCAUGGGGAAACAAGCAAUGGGUACCAUUGGAUACAACCAGCGAAACAGAAUUGAUACUCUCAUGUAUCUACUAGCAUAUCCACAAAAACCCAUGGUUAAAACAAAAACCAUUGAAUUGAUAGAGUUUGAAAAAUUGCCAGCUGGACAGAAUGCGACAGUUGCUGUGAUGAGUUAUAGUGGCUAUGAUAUCGAAGAUGCUCUUGUUUUAAACAAAGCCUCCUUGGACAGAGGCUUUGGGCGUUGCCUUGUGUAUAAAAAUGCUAAAUGUACAUUGAAACGAUACACCAAUCAGACUUUUGAUAAAGUGAUGGGGCCUAUGUUGGAUGCUGCUACAAGGAAACCCAUCUGGCGACAUGAAAUUUUAGAUGCAGAUGGUAUUUGUUCUCCAGGUGAGAAAGUAGAAAACAAACAAGUGCUUGUAAAUAAGUCCAUGCCCACAGUGACUCAGAUUCCUUUGGAAGGAAGUAAUGUGCCACAGCAACCCCAGUACAAAGAUGUGCCCAUAACCUACAAAGGAGCAACAGAUUCAUAUAUUGAAAAAGUAAUGAUAUCGUCAAAUGCUGAAGAUGCUUUUCUGAUCAAAAUGCUGCUGAGACAGACAAGGCGUCCAGAGAUUGGAGACAAAUUCAGCAGUCGUCAUGGACAAAAAGGUGUUUGUGGCUUGAUCGUCCCCCAGGAAGACAUGCCAUUUUGUGAUUCUGGCAUUUGUCCGGACAUCAUAAUGAACCCACACGGCUUCCCAUCUCGAAUGACGGUGGGGAAGUUAAUUGAGCUGCUGGCUGGCAAGGCCGGUGUGUUGGAUGGCCGGUUCCACUAUGGCACUGCAUUUGGAGGAAGUAAAGUGAAGGAUGUGUGUGAAGACCUCGUUCGCCAUGGUUAUAACUACUUGGGGAAAGACUAUGUUACAUCUGGCAUCACAGGGACUGGCCAGUGUGACAGGGAGAGCUCUGGAUUUGAACUGCUGCUGCACCACUCACCAGCUCUCAGCUGACCUCUCAGGCCCUCUGUGCCUAUUUCUUCAUCUUCAAAACAGGGAUGAUAGUUCUCCCUCCCUGGAUUAUUAUGUGGAUUAAAUGGCAUAUGGUAGGUGCUUCCUUUCCUUUAGGAAGGAAGUUCUGAAGCAGUUAAAAAAAAUUUUUAAAGGCAUCAAUUCCCUGGUUGUUCUUGCUCCAGACUUAAGACAAAAGGUUUCUUCUGUCAAAGCACUUGUAUAUACACUGUCUUUUUAAACCCUUACUAUAGUUUUUCUAAAGAUUUAUUGAAUUGAUUAUGACAUUUAUUGAGCACCAGUUGUGUACCAGGCAGGGUCAUAGGUGCUGGAGCCACAAUUACAAAGGAGUCAAAGUGUUUAUCCUUGCAGAGCUUACUUCUCAUGGGGAAGACAGGAAUAAUCAGAGAUGAUAAAUGUAUACUAUGAUACCAGAAGGUGGUAAGGGUGCUAAAGGGUGAGGAGAGGGGAGGGCAAUGCUGGGGGUGGUGAGGACUCCCUUAGAUAAGGUGAUCAGGGCAAGUGUGCAGAGGUAAAAUAUUUGACAGAGCCAUGUGGAAGAAGGUUUCAGGCAAUGGAAACUGUAAGCACAAAGGUCCUGAGGCAGAGACAGGCUUGCUACAUUUGAGGAGCAAUGAAGAGGCCAGUGUUACUGGAGUAUAGUGAGUGAUGGGAAAAGGGAAUAGGAAAUGAGUAUGAGGUGGGUGGGAACCAAGUUAUAUCUGGCCAUAUGGCUGUGAUACAAAACUUUGGCAAUACAGAUUCUGAGUGUGAUAAGAAACAUGGGGGAGUUUAUAGCAGAGGAAUGACAUAUUGUGAUUUACAUUUUAGAAAGAAUCACCCUGGCUUAUCAUCUGAGGAAUAGAUUGUUGAGGAUAAGAGUAGGAGCAGGGAGACCAAUUAGAAGAUCAUUUGUGGUAGCCCAGGCAGGAAAGGAUGGUGGCCUGACCAGGGUGGUAGCCAUGAAGGAGGGAUUAUCCUAUACAUAACUGUUUCACUACCUGUUUAAAUGCUUAUUUCUUUAUAAAACCACUUAUCUUUUAAUAUAUCUAUGGUACUUUUAUAUUUUUAGAUCUAGCCUUUUUAUUCACUACAGACUGAAAAUCAUUUUUACCUAAUCAUUAUAAAUAAGGAUCUGCCAGUGAUGAGACCUAGAAAAGGCUGUCUCUCUUGUUAGUCCAAACGUAAGUUUCUUAACUCAAAACACACCUUU